UACGUGGCCUUCGCCUCGCUCUUCUUCAUCCUCAUCUCCAUCACCACCUUCUGCCUGGAGACGCACGAGGCCUUCAACCGCGUCAUCAACAACGAGACGGUGACCACGGGCAACGAGACGGGCACGCAGGUGGCCGUGGAGGUGGAGACCGAGCCCUUCCUCACCUGUGAGGGGCUGUGCGUGGUGUGGUUCACCUUCGAGUUCCUCAUGCGCGUCAGCUUCUGCCCGGACAAGCGCGACUUCAUCAAGAGCAGCCUCAACAUCAUCGACUUCGUGGCCAUCUUGCCCUUCUACCUGGAGGUCGGGCUGCGGGGCCUGUCCUCCAAGGCGGCCAAGGACGUGCUGGGCUUCCUGCGGGUCGUGCGCUUCGUGCGCAUCCUCCGCAUCUUCAAGCUGACGCGGCACUUCGUGGGGCUGCGCGCUGGCCACACGCUGCGCGCCAGCACCAACGAGUUCCUGCUGCUCGUCAUCUUCCGCCUGGGCGUGCUCAUCUUCGCCACCAUGAUCUACUACGCCGAGCGCAUCGGCGCCGACCCCGACGACGUCACCGGCUCGCGCCACACCUACUUCAAGAACAUCCCCAUCGGCUUCUGGUGGGCCGUGGUGACCAUGACCACGCUGGGCUACGGCGACAUGUACCCCAUGACGUGGUCGGGCAUGCUGGUGGGCGCCCUGUGCGCGCUGGCCGGCGUGCUGACCAUCGCCAUGCCCGUGCCCGUCAUCGUCAACAACUUCGGCAUGUACUACUCGCUGGCCAUGGCCAAGCAGAAGCUGCAGAAGAAGAACAAACACAUCCCCAGGCCCCCCCAGCCCGGCUCGCCCGGCUACGGCUCGCCGGGCUCCGGCCCCAACGCCCCCGGCAGCCCCCGAGCCGCGCGCCGGCCGCCGGCCUGUCCGCUGGCCCAGGAGGAGGUGGUGGAGAUCAACCGGGCCGAAUCGCGGCCCAACGGGGAGGCGGGGCGGGCGGCGCUGGCGCAGGAGGAUUGUCCCCCCAUCGAGCAGCCCCUGUCCCCCGAGGAGCGCGGGGGGGGCCCCCCGAACGCCCCCGCCGGGCCCGGGGGGGGCCGCGAGCGCUGCGGCCGCGACCGAGCCUGCUUCCUGCUGGGGCCCGACUACGCGCCCCCCCCCCGAGGGACCCCUGCGCAAAGGCUACGAGAAGCUCGCGGAGCCUCAACAGCAUCACGGGGGGUGCGGGUGGCCCCCGCCGCGCCCCCCUUCAGCUCCCCCAGCCCCCCCCGGCGCCCCCGCUCCCCCAUCCCCUCCAUCCUCUGAGGGGGGGGGGCGCGACCCCUCCCCC